AUGCUGCUGCUCCUUCUGCUCACAAAUGCUUUUGUCCUUCUGCCCUGGGCUGGGGCUGGAAGGAUCAUUGGCGGAAGGGAAGCUGUGGCCCACUCCAGACCCUACAUGGCUUUUUUAAAAAUUAAAAAUGCGACAAACACUAGCAGGUGUGGAGGGUUCCUGAUUCGCUCAGAUGCAGUGCUCUCAGCAGCUCACUGUGUGGAUGAAAAAGGGAUUGUGAGCUUCACCGUGACUCUGGGAGCCCACAACGUAAGUAGCCAAGAACCGAGCCAGCAGAAGAUCCCUGUUGGAAAAUGGGUCAUUCAUCCUGAAUAUUCCCGUGAAGGCUUCAUAAAUGAUAUUAUGCUGCUGAAGCUGAAGAAAAAAGCCAAGAUCAAUGAGUAUGUGCAAAAUAUCUCCUUUGCCAAGGAAAAUGAACAUGUGAGAGUAGGAGCUUUGUGCAGGGUGUCUGGCUGGGGACGGACAUCACUGAACCCGCCGCCGAGUGAUGUCUUGAGGGAGGUGGAACUGAAGGUGCAAAAGCAGGAGAUCUGUCACCAGGUUUUCCCUAACUACAAGCGUCAGUCUAUGAUCUGUGUUGGUGAUGAAAACCGUAAAAAAGCAACUUAUAGGGGUGAUUCUGGUGGCCCAUUAGUCUGCAAGAAGAAGGCUUAUGGCAUUGUUUCUCGUGGAAUAAAACAUCGCCUAUUUCCUAAGGCAUUCACCAGGAUCUCAUACUUUGAGCCCUGGAUCCAUAAGCAGCUGAAGAGGCUUUCACUCCAAGAUAUUCCUGGCUCUCCAUCCUCUGACUAA